AUGCCGUGGAAAGCAAUUGCAAAGGCAGCUCAAGCUGAAGUGCUGGAUUCAAUCCCGAAGAAAUGGAGAUUGGAUGUCGAUAAGUAUCGCUCGUUGACAGAUGUAACCAGUGUACCUCGAACAUGUGGCAUCCUAUCUGAUGCGCAGCUCAACAUCACUGAUCUCACAGGGCUGGAUGUAGUGAAGCACAUCGAGUCCCAUGAAUUGACGGCAGUCCAGGCUCUUGAAGCCUUUGGUGCGCGAACUGCCAUUGCCCAUCAGCUUGCCAAUUGCUUGAUGGACUGGUUCUAUGAUGACGGUCUGUGCCAAGCUGAGGAGCUCGACAAAGCCUUCAAGGAGACUGGGAAACUGAAGGGGCCAUUGCAUGGUGUUCCCAUUGCGCUCAAGGACUUUCACUUUGUAGUUGGUCGACCUACGACUACCGGUUAUGUGUCAAGGAGGAACUUCCGCCCUGAGCAUGAUUCGGCACUAGUCAAAACCCUUCGUGAUGCUGGUGCUGUCUUUUACUGCAAAACAACCAUGCCUCAGUCCGGAAUGGCCAUUGAGACAGUGAGUAAUCUAUGGGGAAGAACUCUCAACCCGUACAAUACGGGCUUGUCAGCGGGUGGUAGUUCUGGAGGUGACGCGGUUCUGGUCGCUCUGAAAGGUACUCCUAUCACACCAUCGACUGAUCUCGGAGGUUCGAUCCGCGUCCCCGCAGCCUUCAACGGACUGUACGCGAUUCGUCCUACUUCGGAUCGCAUCCCCAAAGGAGGCAUGGAAAACAUGAAUGAUGGUCAACUUUCCAUCAAGCUAUCCUGUGGACCUAUUUGUCAUUCCAUGGAAGAUCUUGAAGCUUUUACGAAAAUUAUUAAUGCCCACCCUUUGAAUCAACAUGAUCCUACUUCGGUUCCAGUUCCUUGGAGGACCCUCAAAUCAGUCGAGCGCAAGCUUUCAAUUGGAUUGAUGAAGUGGGACAAGGUCGUAAUGCCCCAUCCGCCUGUUCUUCGUGCCCUGAAUCAUACAAAGCGGGCGUUGGAGAAUACUGGGCACCAAGUUAUUGAAUUCGAUGUACCCUUUGACUGCUGGGACGCUAUCCAGACAACAUUCGACACUUAUUAUCAGUCUGGGCACAGUGGGACACUGUCCGCGCUCGAGUCUACAGGCGAGCCUCUGAUCCCUGCUUUUGAGGACCUGAUCAAGGUCUUCGGCAGCAAAGAGUUAAGCGCCGCAGAGUCACAACAGUUGAACAUUAAGGCUAGGAGUUUCAGAGAAACCUUUCGCAAAGCUUGGGAUGACACAGCCCAACGCACCAACACUGGGCUUCCUGUCGAUGCACUAAUCUGCCCUUCAGCUCCUGCUGUAGGGUAUCCCCACGACUUCAAUGUGUACUGGGGUUACACGUCCUUGUUUAAUCUUCUGGACUACCCAUCCGUCAUCCUGCCUGUCAGCGGUUUCAAGGUGAACGCGGAGGAUGACCCGGUGAACUCCGACUACAAGCCAUUAGGCACUAACCCCUACGACAAACCCAACCAUGAACUAUACAAUCCAGAUCUAUUCUUAUCACAGCCUUCGACAAUUCAGGUCGUCGGGCGACCUUUCCAGGAUGAAGAGCUCGUUCAAGUUUCUUCGGUCAUGGAUGGCUUGCUUCGGACUGUCUAG